UAUAUGUGUGUAUAUGCGUUGCCCGCCUCCAAAGUCUCCCCGUCUCCCCUUUUCUUCCCCGAAGAUUCAGUUGUAGAUACCGCGAAGACCCGGCUCUUGGCAAUCCAUCAGACUUACAUAAUCACAUAAAUAUCUGGCUUGUUGCCCGCAUUCCAAUCCAAUAAUGAGAGUCUGCUCCCGAAACACACCCCCGCAACAAAGCCAACUCUUCUUCUUUUCCUCCCGCUCUACGAAUUUUCGUCCCAGAAUCAUAGCCAUGAGGUCUUGACGGAUAGAGCCUGAAAAUCCACCCCUCGAAAUGGGCAUUCCAAUGGACGACGACAUUCAUGCACCCACGUUGGCCUCGGGCCCCACCUCCGCGCCAACGCGAAAUGGUCGCGAGCUGUCGAGCUUGUCUCUAGACGAGCUUUUUGAUGAAAAGGAACGCCUGGAAGCGGAGUUUCGGGAACUUAGCAGUGUGCUUGAUUCUCAUGGAGUUACUAUGUUAACGAGCCUGACUACUUUCGAUGGAUACCCCCGGGACGAUUUGGAUAUUGCGCAGAUCCGCACGACACGAGCGCGAAUAAUCCACCUACGGAAUGACUACAAGGAUGUCAUGGCGAGGGUCGAACAGGGCGUCCACGAAGGCUUCGCCCGGCUCCGUGAUCAACAGAACGCAAACUGCCCUCCAACAACCACAACCUCUACCCCAUCAACGUGGACCUCUACAACCUCCGUCGAAGAUUCAGCCACCAGCAGCGCACAAGCGGGGAUUAUAGAGACACCAUUUGCAAAGAUUAAUAACGUAGCCGACGGGAGCCCUGCAGCGCAGGCGGGGAUUAAAGUGGGAGACAGAGUCCGCAGCGUUGGACACGUUAAUUGGAUGAAUCAUGAGAACCUCACGAAAGUGGCGGAGGUUGUGCGGCGGAAUGAAGGGAAAACCAUCCUGGUUAAGCUCGUUCGGAAAGAUGAAUCUGGUGAGAUGAAAGACCUCACUGUGCAGCUUACCCCCCGCCGGAACUGGGGGGGUCUAGGCUUGCUGGGGUGCCAUAUUGUGUUAGUAUGAGAAGGCGGAAAUUGGCAGGUACAUUCUGCAAUUACCAGAGCUCUCCUUUUUCUUUUUUCUUUUUAACAUUCCAUUUUUUUUGCUUCUGUUAUUAUCUCUUCCUUUGGUCUGGUGCAGAGCUGAGAGUUCACUGGACUUCACCGGGCUUUUUUUUUUUUUUUUUUUUUUUUUUUUUUUUAUUUGGAGUACAGGCUAUUUUCCCAAGGACCACUCGAUAUGAUUUUAAUGCGCUGUAUGAAUUUAAACGAGCUUGCCUGAUUUUGGUUUCUCUUUCUUUGUUUCAUUUUCUUCUUUUGUUUAAUUUAGUUUUCAUAGCUGCUACUACUACUUCUUCCUCCUCGAAUUCUAUUCUAAUCAAUGUUUUCCUCUAUUUCCCCCUUUUAUUCCCCUUAUGUCAAGCAACAAGAAAGCAGAAUUCACAGUUUGAAAGGAGGCACUACAGUAUACAUAGUUAACCUUCCAGACAAGGGCUACAAAACAUACAAACAGAGAUAGUGAAAACAAACCCAAGGCCAUGAUUUAAAUAGGUUGACAACAAAGAAAAAAGGUCAAGCAGUAAGUUUCUAAUAAUAAUUACCCUUAGUUAUGAAUAAUUGUUAUAAAGAAAUUAAG